UGAGGGGGAGGAUAGGGAGGAGGAGGUGAGCUUGGAUGAAGGAGAGCCAUCAAGAUUCAUGAAGAGGAGGAACCAAACGUCACUCAGGAGGAGGAGAGACGUGGACAGAUCAGCAGACAAGGACAGUGAUGAAAACAUCAAUAAUGAGACUCUGGUUGAUUGGAGCAAUAAAAACAUGAGUCACAAUGUCAGUAAUGAUAAAUUUAAUUUCGAUGAUAGUUACCAUAAUAAUAGUAACGAUAAUGACAUCACAGACGGCGUGGACUCCUGUGUCACCGCUGCUCCUCCUCCUCCUCGCUGCAGCUCCCGCCUGGCAUCUAAGCCACGCCCCGUUCACUGUCUCUCUAACCGUGGGAAAUGCCACUCUGACCCCCCCACACACAAAGAGCUCCCCACAGAGAGGGAGGGGUCCAUGAGGGCAUCUGAGCAGGGGGCGGGGCUUAUCUGUGCUACAGGUGAGAGAGAGAGGAAGUACCGCUGCUCUGUCUGUGGGAAGAAGUUCUUUCAGAUCGGACACCUGAAGAAGCACCAGUUCAUCCAUACAGACCACAAACCAUACAGGUGUGACCAGUGUGGGCGGAGCUACACGUCUGCAGAGAGCUUCAGAGCUCACCAGCCAGCUCAUGUCAGAGAUAAAAACCAACCCUCAGACAACCAGAAGCCUUCAGAGUCUUUAUGAGAGGAUGAGAAGUCCUCCUGUUUGUCCAUGAAGCUCAGCAUCCGAGCCAUCCUGCUGAGUUGAGAGUAAAUGAACGCCACAGACAGAGACACAGACGCUGUAACCACAGUAACAUGCUCUAUGUCUGUCCUGAAGACGGAUGGAUGGAUGGAUGGAUGGUUCGAUGGAUGGAUGGAUGUUGGAUGGAUGGAUGGAUGGAUGGUUGGAUAGACAGAUGGAUGGAUAGAAAGAUUUA